GCCAACAGCAGGCUGAAGCAGAUUGAGAAGGAAUAUACCCAGAAGCUUGCCAAAUCUUCACAGAUCAUAGCAGAACUUCAGACAAGCAUUUCCUCUCUGAAAGAGGAGAACAGCCGGCAGCAGCUUGCUGCAGAAAGGCGGCUCCAGGAUGUUAUACAAAAGUUUGAAGAUGAGAAGCAGCAGCUGAUUAGAGAUAAUGACCGAGCAAUCAAG